AUGAUGGACAAAAGUCACACAGUAGGCACCUUCCAGGUUGGGGACUAUGUGGUGUUCGCCUUUCUGUUUGUGGUCUCCUCUGGUAUCGGGAUCUUCUUCACCAUCAAAGAGAGAAAGAAAGCCUCAUCUAAAGAGUUUCUGGUCGGGGGCCGUCAGAUGUCCUGCGGGCCGGUGGCCCUUUCUCUCACCGCCAGUUUCAUGUCUGCGGUCACAGUGAUCGGGGCCCCGUCAGAUGUGUACAGAUACGGGGCCUCGGCUCUGUAUCUGAAUCUGCUGGGUUUGUGGAUAAUUCUGUUCUGUGCUGUGGUAUCUGGUCUGAUCAUGUACGCUUUCUACUCUCGCUGUGACCCCUGGUCGGCUGGAUUGGUCUCUGCUCCAGACCAGCUCAUGCCAUAUUUUGUGAUGGAAAUUCUCGGUGCGUUUCCAGGACUGCCAGGCUUAUUUGUCACAUGUGCGUUCAGUGGAACGCUGAGCACAGUAGCUGCCAGUAUCAAUGCUUUGGCCACGGUGAUGUAUGAGGACUUUGUGAGCCAGUGUUUUAGAGAUCUGUCCAACCGAGCAGCCAACUGGAUCAGCAAAGGGGCAGUUGGGGGUCUGAUCGUGGGCAUCACUCUCUCGUUGUGGGCUUUCAUUUAUUCAGCACCCAGCAAUAACACACGUCCACUCGAACUCACCACUGUAGGCUGUAACUUCAACAUUACAGCUGAUGGAUCCAACCAGACAUCAUUCACCACGAGCGCUCUCACCUCUGACAGGUACUGGCUGGCUGAUUCAUGGUACUCCAUGUCCUAUCUGUACUAUAGUGCAGUGGGCUUUAUUGGCACUGUAGCAGCAGGUCUACUCAUCACACUGCUGACGGGUGAGUGCAACAUUUCAUUAGUAAAGCCAGGACUGACUCAAUCAAUGAAGGACGUCAUCUGCUUCUGCUCUGAACGAUUCAGACACGCAGACUUUAGUGAAGACAAAGAGGAUUUGGGAGACUUUGGUAAGGCAUGGGAGAAACAUCCAGACAAGGAAGGUGUCAUAAAAAUGGAGGAGAAGGUCAAGAAUAGCGGUUACACUAAUGACCAUAAUGAAACUAGUCAAUUUCAAGCAAAGCUUUAA